AUGAUGACACGUUGGGGGGAAGUACCGAUCUUCUGCAUCAUCAUUGUCACAUUCCCUCAGGUGGUAUUGACAAUGUGUCCACAAAAAUGCGUAUGCAUAUCUGAGGAGCAAAAGGUGACACGUUGUGAUAAUGCGGCAUUAACUGACAUUCCAGCCUUGUUGGAUCCACGGAUUACUUCACUAACUAUGACCAAUUGUACACUGAAACGACUGGAUCCGGAUGUUCUCGAAUUGUAUCCUGAUCUGGAAUACCUCGAUUUAUCUUUCAACAAAAUCGAUGUGCUUGGUAUGAAAAUUUUCAAAUAUCAAACAAGGCUCCGAGUACUACGUCUCGGAGGAAAUCAGCUCUCGUCGCUACAACUCGACAGUUUCAUCGGCUUAAGCCAAUUACAGAUACUUGAUCUCUCCGCGAAUCAGCUCGGUCAACUGGAACCACUUUCAUUUUCGGAGCUAAGUCAUCUUCAGGAGUUAAUUGUAUCAGAUAAUUUGCUCACAACAUUACUACCAGAUACUUUUACUGGUUUAAAAAAUUUGCAACGGCUAGAUUUAUCCAACAAUCGGUUACAUACAAUCGCUCAACAUCUGUUCGACGAUGUGCCAACUUUGCAUUCGCUUGACCUCAGCCAUAAUAACCUUUCAGCGACAGAAGCAGACACAUUCGCUGGCUUGACCUCUCUAAAACGUCUUGAUCUUAGUUCAAAUUCACUCGUUGACCUAUCAUUCAAUGGCCUCAACAAUUUACAAUAUCUCAACAUCAGUUAUAAUCUGAUGCAACGGAUCAUAACAUCAAAUUACCGUUCAUUAAAUUUAUUACGCGAACUCGAUCUCUCCUCCAAUCAAAUGAUGGAAUUAGCGACGUCAUCAUUCGAUGGUCUAAACUCACUUGAAGUUCUUAGGAUGACCAACGAACCGUACUUACACUCCAUAAAGCUGAACGCGUUUUCUGGUUUGAAAAGUUUACGCAAACUUAAUUUAUCCUCAUGCCAUGUUCUGGAAAAGAUAGAUGAAGAUGCAUUUGAAUAUGGCGAUCGGUUGGAGGUGUUGGAUCUGAGCAAUUGUCGACUGGAAAGGUUGCCACAGAAAGUUGCUGAAUGGACUAAUUUGAAAUCGUUACACAUAUCCGGCAAUCCGCUACACUGUGAUUGCGAAAUGUUGUCGUUCCUUCCGGAAGUGCUCCGAAAGUUCUCUAUCAAUGCCACCUGCUUCACGCCACCUUGGUUAUUCGACAAAAAUAUUAUGCAGUUGUCUGAAAGUUGCACGACGUUGAACGAAUCGCAAUUAAGUUUCGCUAUUCUCGGCGCAUCACUUCUAAUUUUAAUUAUUCUACUGCUUCUCGGUGUUUGUAUCCGCCGACAUCUUCCUCUAUCCAACAAGUUUUCUUCCGCCCAAUGCAGCGCUCAGAACAAAUGCCGCUCACAUCUAUACAGUAAACCUUUCCUUAUCGCUUCACCAACCAAUGACAAAUCUGACUUGCUAUCCGAACAGACUUGUUAUACGACAACAAACCGCAGUACUUCAAACGGUUUUUCUCGUUCUGACGGUCUCUAUGAUGACGAAGGUUAUUACAGCAGUGUAAUGUUUCCUGCAGAAUACAAUGCGUACGAACGCGCACGUCCGGUUUAUCCGAUACCUCCACCUGCAGCUACAAUACCUCAAACAUUGCCAAAAAGCUAUGGAGAUGAUAAUUUUAGGAUUAUUUCUGAAUAUCCCGUACCUAUUACAGAAUUAUGA